AUGUCAAACACUGAUAUGAAGCGGGCAGAGUCACCAGGGCUCAUAUGCCCAAGUGUUGAGCAUCAAGAGCUGGAUGAAAUCCCUGAUGAGUCUUCCCAGGAGACUGGUAUGAAGCGGGCAGGUUCACCAGGCUUGACUAAUCCGAGGAUUAAGCGGAAAGAAGUGGACGAUUCUCCUGUUGAGCCCUUGUCUGGUGGUGAAGAGAUGGAUUUGAAACCCUUGUCAGGCGGUAUCAAGACCGAGUGCCUGCUAAGUACCGAUGAGCCGUCUCAUUUGCCGAUCAAUGCCAGCGACCCUCUCUCUUCAGAUGCUGAAAAUGAAGAGGCCAAAGGCGGCAGCCAUGGCGCAUGUGAUUUUCCGAGAGAGAGCACACGGAAUCUCAACGCGGAUCUUCCCCCCAUGCACAAGCUUCUUGAUAUAUUCCAGGACAUCGCCGAAAGGUCAAUGGUACGUGGUUUUGGGACAGUAAUCAAUGCAAUUGGAGGUCGCAGGCUUCGUGUGGCAACCGUAUGUUCGGGAACAGAGAGCCCUUUGCUCGCUUUGAGCAUGUUCAAGAAAGGUCUCACUGCCAUUGGCAUGCAGUUCCCAAUCGAGCAUGUAUUCAGCUGCGAGAUUGUUCCUCUGAAGCAAGCAUACAUCGAGAGAAACUUUUCACCUCCUCUGAUAUUUCGCGAUGUUCGAGAGUUGGGCGGCGACCAAGCGCAAACGGCAUAUGGAGCAUUUGAAGUCGUUCCCAAAGAUGUUGAUGUGAUAAUUGGCGGCACAGCUUGUGUUGACUUUUCUUGUCUAAACAACAAUAAGAAGACCUUGGACCAACGUGGUGAAUCGGGAGCAACUUUCCAAGGUGUGCUUGAUUACUCCAAGAACUACCGUCCUCGCAUCGUUGUCUUGGAGAAUGUUGCUGGAGCUCCUUGGAGUCAAUUUGAGAUGGCUUGGUUAACGAUCAGCUAUGUCUCGAGUUGGGUCAGGGUCGACAGCAAGCAAUUUUACAUACCACACACCCGUGUAAGAGGUUACAUGGUUUGUGUCGACCAAGAGAGACUUGAGAGGACUGGGGAUUCUGGUGCGAUUGAUGCGAGUGAUCGCUUCAAGACUAAAUUCCAAGAAUUAGUGCUUCAAUUCCACCGUCCAGCGAGCUCACCAGCGAGUUCCUUCAUGCUAGACGAACAUAGCACAGAAUAUGAGGAACUUGUGAGAACGACCAUGGCACGAUCCGGAGCGUCGCCGAAUUCAAGUGAUGUUCUUUGGACAGCAUACCAGAAGCGACAUGUUGAAUAUCGAGAGGCGAAUGAGCUGGGAAACGAACGCCCAAUAAGCCGCUCAAGGCCAGGAUGUUUGAGCUCUCAAUUUCCGGAUUGGUUCAACAUAUGGGCUGCGGGACAACCAGAGAGAGUCAGGGAGACGAUCGAUCUUAAAUGGUUGUAUUCCAGGAAGCAUGUAUAUGUGGAUAUUUUCUACAAAGAGAAGUUCAUUGAUUUAUCACAAGGGGUUGAUCGUUCGCCAGAAUCUUUCGUUUUUGGCGUUGUGGGCUGCCUUACCCCCCACGGUCUUCCAUUUCUCACUUCUCGUGCAAGCCCAAUUUUUGGAACCGAAGCCCUCGCUUUACAAGGAAUUCCCAACACCGUGCUUUUAACCAGAGAGACUCAGAAGGAAAUACAAGACCUAGCCGGCAACGCGAUGACAUCCCCUGUUGUUGCCUCAAUCAUCAUCUGCGGACUGAUCGCCGGCGUUGAGGUUUUUGGUGACCCGAGAGAUGCUGAACGAAGCGCCCCGCCAGUUUACCAGCCGAGCCCUCCAUUGAUCUAUUCUGUUGACAAUACAUAUAAACUAGCCAGCUGCGAACCCAAUGAAGCAUACUGUUUCCUUGAUGUCGACAGCAGCGCUUCUUUGGUUGAAAAAGCUGUUGCGGCCGCUCAAAUGAAAUCCCUCAUUUUGCGUGCUCGUCUGAGUGCCCAAUUUUGCGCAUGUGAACACCAGCUCGGCUCACAAACCCGCUUGCUUCAGUGUACUAUUUGCGAUUUUUUGGCUUGUUCUACCUGCGCAGGCAAUCCCACUCAUGCCUACAAGCCGUUGAGGAUCCAGGAGCGACAAUCCCCUCAUGAAUUCAUCUGCUCUUUGAAGCAAAACUUUCCUAUGAAAUUGAGACUCAGUGAUCUUGCGCAUCCGGGUGUCUUGACUCCAGGUAUCAAUUUCCUGGUUAACACCUUCAUUGACCAACUCACUGCCGAUAAUGGGGUUCACCGGACGAUCCCCAGGACAACACAAGAACAAGCUGUAAACAUUGCACACAAGGCUUUCUUCGAUGAGUUUUGUUUCCAGAAGGUCCGACGCACCAAAGUUUGGACAGUCUUUUAUGAGGGUGAAUUUUCUCAUCUUCAUCUUGAAAUCGGAUUUGAUAAGCUCCAAUGGACACUGUAUCCCAAGAUUCCCAAAUCGAUCACUGGAAGUGACAUGUUACGCGUGAUAUUCGCAAAGCCGAUUGCAAGAAUGGUUCCCAAGUCUUGCAUUUACGAAGGUGACUGGCAGACCAGUUCUCCACUCAGCAUUGGUUUCUACCUGACAAUCGCUGGAUCUGGACAUGCAGUAACAUCCUAUGAGGCAGAAUGCGGAUUGCCUGAAUCGGAAGGAGUCAGUGAAAAGAUUUGGUCAGAAAUUAUUGUUGGCUCCUCCUCACACUCGAAUCACAACCCCGUGUGCGGGUUUUGGGGGCCUUACAGCAGUGUAAUGAAUGAUCUUGAUGUGGAUAUUCGUGGCACAUACACUCGUAUACCUAAUUGUGGAAUGGCCCUCGCGUCACUCUAUAAAAUGGAUCUUGCGGCCAAGAAACGAGAGUUCGCUCCUUGGGGAUGCCACGGCAUGACGCUCUCCACACAAGAACGUGUCCAUGCGUUCGAGGAAAAGUACCCGCUGUCCAAGUCAAUGGAUUGGGUUUAUCUAUUCUUCGAUCCACAGAAGAUAGGUAACAGCCUAAAUGAUCACUUUUCUUUUUCGUUCGAGCAUCAUCCCCUGACUGGACAUGAACAGCGAAAAGCAAUUGCAGCGUUGACCGAUGAGUUCAAACCACACUAUCUUGUCCACAAAACUGCAAACAGCCAUAAAACGUUUGCUGGAUAUUUUCGACGCUUCAAAACGUGCCGAGAUGCCAAGAUUGCACCCUGUGUGGUGCCUCCAGAAGAACAACACACAUAUGCUACUCUGCCUGGCAACGUUAAAAUUUCUGUUAGAGCCAGCGACUGUAAAGCUUCAUACAUUCCACUACUUUGCAUGAAUUUCACUGGACUUGCACCUGAUGGGUCUGAGUAUAUCGACCCUGCAAAGUCUACGCAGGCAUUGGAGGAGUGGGGUCUUAAAUGGGCAAUGCAGAAAAAUUCAGAAAUGAUGCACCUCUCAGCUUGGAAGGAUCUUGAUCUUGCGAUGGAUCUGCCUAUAAAUGGAUCUAUCUGCCAAUCUUGUGACCCAUUACCACCUAAAAUGCUUUGGGGUCGGAACGCGGCAAAUGCUGUAACUCCCUAUGAAGACCCGGAGGGUGCAGCAAAGUUCGAGCGUUCCAUCAAAACAAGGACCCCACCCUUCUUGGUCUUCAUAGGACAUAAAGUGGAGUUCGCAUUGAACGUACAGUCGAUGGCACAUCGUGCUUAUGGACAUUUGGUCAACACCGGCUAUAAUACAGACGUGCGAUUCCAGUGGCGUCUACUUACAAACACCUUUGAUUCGGGACCAAAGCCACGCAACACGUUCAUUAUCUUCGACAAUUCCAAAGACGUCAUGUCGGAGCAGCCUCCAGGCUUCCAUCUUGAUAUGCGACCUGAACAGCUCCGAUCCUUGAGUUGGAUGGUCUCUCAAGAAAGAGAAGACAUUGAGUCAUUCCUUGAAAUGGAGGUUGAGGAAGCUAGAUUCCCUGAAGUGUCAUGGCAGGCUGAAGUUAAAGUCACCAUGCCCAGGAAAAUUCGAGGCGGUCUUUGUGCCGACGAAGUUGGAUAUGGAAAAACGGUCACCAUCCUCGGUCUGGUCGAUACGCAGUUCGAUGCUGAUCAGAAGAGAAUGAAGGAAGAAAUCACAGAUUCCCAUUUCAUUCAAAGCAAGGCUACUCUCAUCGUCAUCCCUUCUAAUGUGUUCAAACAGUGGACGGAGGAGACGUUCAAGUUCCUCAGAAAGAAGUACAAGACUUUGGAAAUCAAGAACGUCAAGCAGCUUCAGACUUGCUCUGUCUCAGAUAUUCAGGAAGCUGAUAUCGUUUUCCUUUCCUGGGCUGUUCUAGAGUCUGACCGAUACUACGAGGCCAUGCAACAUUUCACUGCUUCUCCGCGGGCCCCGAAAAGUGGAAGACAGUUUGAUCAGUGGUUCGAUGAAAGCAAGCGUUCUCUGCGAGAACUGAUCCACAACUUGAAUGAGUAUGGGCCCGAGUCACUCCCGAAGGAUGUGGAGGAAAGACAGCAGCGGCUUGACGAAGAUCAAGCAAACUCUAGAUACACCCCCUCUUUUCGGCUCAGGGGCGCAAAGUUUGCAGCAGCUCAGGAGAAGGAGAAUCUCUCAGUAAUCCCUGAGAAAGAUGAGAAAGUCAACAAGAAGGGUGGAAAGCAGAAAAAAGAGGAUAGGAAACCAUUGACUUCGACUGAAUACCGAAAGAAGUUCAAUGUGGGUCCAGAAGCCUCUUCUAUGAUAUUCCCCUUGCUCCACAGCUUCCACUUCAACCGAAUUGUUGUUGAUGAAUACACUUACGCUGGAGAAGUUCGACAACUCCCUCUGGUGGAAUUGUCAGGACGAUCAAAGUGGAUCCUAUCUGGUACGCCUUCACCGUGCGAGUUUGCUGAUAUUAAGAGCAUUGCCCGACAGCUCGGAGUUCAUUUGGGAAUUGACGAUGACUCCAACGUUGCUACCAAUAAUUCCCGUCUGAAGGCCAUCAGAAAGCAGAUGACUGCCGUUGAGAGUUUUCUUUUGUACAAGCGCGCGUGCAGUGAUCCGUGGUAUGAGGCUCGCCAUGAGCACGCGCAAAAGUUCCUCGAUCAAUUCGCACGACAAAAUAAAGCCGAUACUGGUGAAAUACCGUUCAAAUCUCACUACGGUGUGGCUGUGAUGAACGAUCGAGAGAAAUAUAUCUAUGGCUUGCUGCAUAGCCAUUUUGCCAACAACGAUGGAAUUAAAACCCGAGUCCAAGGCUUCACGAACAACCGUACCAUUCUUGAGAUUAAUACACGCAUCAAAUCUUCAAAGUCUCCGAUAGAGGCUUUAGUUCAAUUUGGAUUAACUCCAUGCCAUGGCCUCCGGUCGAGCUCCAAGUUGGACAGCAUUGUGAAGAUUAUUAAGAGCACUCCGAAAGAGGACCAGGUGAUCGUUUUCGUCCAGUUCAUGGACCUGAUUGAUUCCGUCUCGAGUUCUCUGACAAAAGCUGGAAUUGAAAACCGGGCAGCCAAACUGAGUCGCCUUGCGAGUACCACCGAGUUCAUCGACAGCUCCAGUGGCAAAAGCUCGCCGUUUGUCAAGGUCCUCAUCCUACCACUCGGUAACGUUAUGGCAGCUGGCCUAAACUUACAGUGCGCCAACCACGUCAUCUUCAUUUCUCCGCUUGUCGUUUCCGAGAUUCAUGAGUAUGGAUCAGGAAUGACACAGGCGAUUGGACGGGUUCGCCGCUAUGGACAGAAGAAGACUGUUCACUGUCACCUCAUGAUGACCGCGCACACAGCCGACGUUAACGUGUUCGAGGAUAUGAACAACGUUCGUGUGUAUCUUAAUUCUAUUGACAAUUUGGUGAUGGCUCUCCACGUGCCG